GUAUUGGUUAGCACGUGAUUCGCCCGGUGUGGCGAUGCACGCAACCGACAGAUCAACACCAAACAUUGAUCUGUUGCCAGAUAGCAGGUCAACUACCCUUUCUCAAGUCCUGCGAUACAGUCAGGCUUUUAUUUACCGGCAACACCUAGUGGGCAGGAGAUCAUGUCUGUCGAACAACGUCUCAUUACGCGGGGCGCACAGGAUGACAUUCGCGCCCGAACAAGCAGCCUUGGGCAGGCUGUAUUCCAAGUGCCACUUUAUCUAAAUCAAGAAAAGUUAUAUCAUGCGCGGCGUCCCCAUAGAAAGUCGCGAGGGGGCUGCAUAACCUGUAAGAAGCGGAGAGUUAAAUGCGACGAGGGUAAACCAACCUGCACUAAAUGUCAGAAAUACGGCGCAUCAUGCAGCUAUUCCACUACGUCAUCUGGAAAGGGAUCUAGAACUGAUGUAGCAUCAAGCACGCAAAAGCCAGACGACAUUACAUUUUCUUUUCCUCUGAGUGACCUAGCGACACGGAUUGAGCAGGUCUUAAACCUGGAUACAGGCACCAAUACUUCUCUGGUAGAGCGAAAUGCUGUUUAUCCCGUCAGCAUGGUUGCCUUCCAACAUUUCAUUAAGUGCUCCACCGAAACAGUUGCCAACCCUGGUCUCCGAGCCGUCAUGAGGAGCGACAUGAUUCGGGUUUCGUUUACGAGUCCGUAUUUGAUGUAUACAAUAAUUGCAGUUGGCGUCCUUCACCUCAAUCGCGUUUCCCCCGGAAAUAAAACGCGGCAGUUUGCAGAGACAUAUUUCUGGCAGCGCGCAAUUAAGCUAUACCAAGCGGCACUUACCUCCAACGUUACUCCGAAGAAUGUUGAUUCCCUCCUCUCAACGUGCAUGUUUAUGGGCCUCACCAGUCUUUGUCCUGAGGAUAUCAAGCCAACGGAUUCGUGGGUGUUAUCCGAUAAGUCAGAUGCAAUGAACUGGCUUUGUUUACAGAGUGGCCUCCGAUGUAUCAUAACCCUCGCCAAGCCGUACCUUGAUUCCAGUAUCUGGGCCUCGACAUUCCAACAUGCCCACGAGGACGAAGUGCAAUUCUUGGAGCACGUAGUUAAACAGGGACGGGAGGGUCUCGACCCCGAUCUGGCUGACCUCUGUGGGAUUGACGAAUCUACCACGGCCAAGACAAAUUCAUACUACGAGCCUCUCGCAUUGUUGGCAGCCUUGUUCCAAUUAGAAAAGAAUUUUAAAAACUCAGCAAAAUGCGCAGAAUUCAUGGGAAAGUUGUCGAACGAUUUUCUUGCGCUUCUGAGACGGAGAGAUCCGCCUGCCCUUUUGAUCCUGGCACAGUGGAUGGGUCUGAUGUGUACCUUAUCCCAAUGGCAGCCGUGGAUUUUUGGUCGACUUGUCACUGAGUGCAUCGCUAUUUGUAUGUAUCUAGAGCAUGAUCCGGAUCCCCGGAUAUCGCGUCUUCUAGAGUUUCCAGCUAGCGCGUGCGGAUAUUCCUCUCGAGAUGUUUCACAUAGUAUUUGACGGCGGUAAACUGAAAUACACCUUAUGAUCAAUGGGGAAUGUUCCUAGUAAUAUGUUUUGCUGAAUCUUGGUUCCAAGGUAAAUGCGCGUCCAAUGCACUUCGAAAUAUAUACUUUAGGGUUGGACACUGGCAGUUAUUGCCAGCGGGAGUAGUAGUGGUUAUUAAACCUGGAAACCAUCGACACCAAAACGACAUAUGACACAAAAGCUUCGUAUGAUUAAGGCGCACAGACGAUAUGCCACUAAAUCUGUAAAUGCAUGAGAAUAUAU